GUGGCGCUGAAGUGUCACCACCCGCAGCAUUCUACUAGUGCAGUAGCCAGGCGCGCUGUGUCCACUAUCCUAGUAGCCGCGGCGCUGACGUGUCACCACCCGCGGCAUUCUACUAGUGCAGUAGCCAGGCGCGCUGUGUCCACUAUCCUAGUAGCCGCGGCGCUGACGUGUCACCACCCGCAGCAUUCUACUAGUGCAGUAGCCAGGCGCGCUGUGUCCACUAUCCUAGUAGCCGCGGCGCUGAGGUGUCACCACCCGCAGCAUUCUACUAGUGCAGUAGCCAGGCGCGCUGUGUCCACUAUCCUAGUAGCCGCGGCGCUCACGUGUCACCACCCGCAACAUUCUACUAGUGCAGUAGCCAGGCGCGCUGUGUCCACUAUCCUAGUAGCCGCGGCGCUGAAGUGUCACCACCCGCAGCAUUCUACUAGUGCAGUAGCCAGGCGCGCUGUGUCCACUAUCCUAGUAGCCGCGGCGCUCACGUGUCACCACCCGCAACAUUCUACUAGUGCAGUAGCCAGGCGCGCUGUG